AUGGAGAGAACACAGUAUUUUCCCCAUAUCCUUUCUCGAACAGCUGAAGAUUCUCGAUAUAAAACGUUGAAAUCCGAAAUUGUCAUCAAUAUCAACAAAGCCGACACAUCACAAGCGGGAUGUUGCCCGAAGCUAAACGAAUUCACAGGAUUCUUGAAUGAUGACGAAUGGUUCGCAAGUUUGCAGCUUCUUUGCUUUAGCAUGAUUGAUGAAGCUCUUUACAUUUAG